CAGCCGCUUCUAGCGCAUUUUCAUCGACAGAAGGAACAACCUAAGCGUCAAAAUAAAUCAAACCACCAACAUCCAAAUGCUGGCAAACUUAGUCAUCACAACCUGUCCUCUCAACAAACUACGAAAAUGGGAAGUACUAUUCACCCACAUUCGUUGCACCAAUCACCAUCGAUUGGAUUGGAAGCUGCUGACGUGGAUUCAGUUUGCAAAUUCAAAAGCCUAUCCCAAACCGCUUUUCAAGCUAGUCCGGACAACGAGCUGCAUGAACCAGGUGAUAUUCCAGUUAAAUUGGAGCUAAAAGAAGAGCCUCAGCCUCAGCUCUCUGUAUCACCCGCUACUGUACGAAGUCGUGUUCAAACCAGGCGAUCCUCGGAUCGACCGGAAAUCCAGGGGCAAUUGGAGACACAUUUCAAGGAAGGAGAUCAGAAACAGCAGCUUCCAGCGCAUUUUCAUCGACAGAAGCAACAACCUAAGGCUGCGGCCAAGCAGCGUAAGAAUAAAUCAAACCACCAACAUCCAAACACUGGCAAACUUAGUCAUGACAACGUGGCCUCACAGAAAACUACAGAAAUGGGUAGUACUAUUCACCCACAUUCGUUCGACCAAUUGCCGUCGAUUGGUUUGGAAGCUGCUGACGUGGAUUUAGUGUGCAAAUUCGAAAGCCUAUCCCAAACCGCUUUUCAAGCUAGUCCGGACAACGAGCUACUUGAACGAGGUGGUAUUUCAGUUAAAUUAGAGCCACAAGAAGAGUCUCAGCCUCAGCUCUCUGUAUCGCCCGCUACAGCAAGACCCAAUCAGGCAUCUCCUGGUGAUGAAGAAGUUCGUGAUUCGUUUGAUGGAUGGCGGGUCCAUAGCAUCGUACCGGUAGCCGAGAUCAAGUCUACCGUAUUGCAGAUCGAGUUUGGAUUCCGGUUCAAAUCUGAAAAUUUCCCUAUUAAAGGAACUAUGCGUUAUUACGACUGUCGACGGAUUAAGUUUCGCUCCCGGCCACAGUGUGAACGAAAACUACUUGUUUUCAUUCCAAACUCUGACGUUCCUGCUACCAUCAGUAUCAGAGGAAAACACACUUGCGCAACAGCCCCACCCGAGCAUUUGGCCCGCACGAAGCUUAAUGAGCAACAGUCAGACUUGAUCGAAGGUUUAUUAAAAUCUGGAAUACCAUCCAAGGAUAUCAAGAAGCACGUCAGAGUGGUGAACAGUACAGUCUCCAAGAAUCAGCUGAACUAUGCCGUGAAAUCAACAAGACAGAAGCUGUUUGGAAAUGGCGUAUUUUCAAUUGGAGAACUGGAAGAGUGGGCAGCGUCAAAAUCUGCGGUUCCGAAUGACGAACGAGAUGGGUUCGUGAUCGGGAAAGAUAUUGAUCACGAAAACAAAUCAUUCCGUGUUAUUUUUUCAUCCAAGCGUCUGCUAUCACUCCUCGCAAAAUUCAACAUUGUGGCAGCCGAUUGCACCUUCAAAGUCACUUUAGAAGGCUAUCCUUUGCUUGUUGUCGUUGUCAUAGACAAUAUGCGGCAUGCACACCCAGUAGCAUUCGGAAUCAUAGCUAAGCAAGAGCAAACUGAUUAUGAGUUUGCUUUUCGAACGAUUACUGGCGCAUGCUCAAGAUUGGGCAUUAAAGUUGUAGUAGAGACUUUCUUGAGUGAUGGAGAGCUUGCAAUGAAAAAUGGGGCGCGUAUCGUAUUCGACGACCCAACAAUUAUAAACUGCUACUUCCACUUCAUGCAAAAUGUUAUAAAACAUUUGAAAAAGUACAAUGAGAUUCCGGAUGAAGUACAUGCUAAGAUAAAACGCGACAUUGGCUUGCUUCAAGUUUCCGCCACAAUAAAACAUUUCACCACUGGGAUAAAGUUGUUUCUGCAAAAAUAUGAACAGUUCCCCAACUUCAUCAACUUUAUGAACAAAUACACUUACGACAACAACUUUUGCCGGUGGUACGAAGCGGCCAAGCCAGGUGCACCAGCUACCAAUAACGCUCUGGAAGCGUUAAACAAAUCGUUGAAGUACAAUCACAUGAACCGGCAAAAGGAACCGUUCUGUUCAUUCAAAGCCAUUAUUUUAAAGAUUAUUUAUGAGUACGGAGAUCCGCUGAGAGACAUUGCCCAGGAAAGAAACUUCAUCAGCAUCACUAAUGAGAGGAAAGCAUUUGACUGGCUCAAAAUGCGGAAAAAAAUGAGAACCUGCCAGGCUCCGAUGGAAGGAAAACAAUAUGUUUAUCUACCAGGAAGGCAAAAAGCAGAAGUUUCCUUACAUGACAUCCAAUCGUUCGAAAAUCCAGAAUACCGCACUUUCGAUCAGUUUGUGGAAGAUUUCGGGAGUUUACAUAGAGUCGACGUAAGCAGCUAUGAGUGGAACUCAUGGAACUGUACUUGCUAUCAUUUUCUAAAGAAAAACUUUUGUUGCCAUGUCCUGGCAGUCGCUGUGAAUCGCGGAAAACACGUCCUGGGUGCAGAGUCGAACACUACUGCUAUGGGUCGAAAGAAACCGGUAGGACGUCCGAAGAUAGUCUCCAAGGCACUGAUUGUUGACUGA